GCGACUGGUAGAAUCACGACAAGUAGCAGACGAUCUUUUUAAUUUCAUCAUCAGGCGGAAGGCGAGAACAUGGGCGACGACGCAGAGCUAAAAAGAAUUGCUUGUGAAGCGAUUGAUUCUCAGACAUCGUACUUGAGAAUUUUAAGUCAAGACAUCUGGAAUCAUCCUGAACUUUGUUUCAACGAGCAGUAUGCACAUAAGAGACUUACUGAUUUUCUAGAAGAACGUGAUUUUAACGUGGAAAGAUCGUACAAACUGGAGACGGCAUUUCGAGCAGUUCCGAAAUAUUCGCGGUGCAAAGAGGAAGACGGCUACCCCAAUAUUGCAAUACUAUGUGAAUACGAUGCUUUGCCAGGUAUAGGCCACGCCUGUGGCCAUAAUCUGAUCGCCAUGGUAGGGGUGGCCGCUUCGCUUGGUGUCCAGGCAGCUCUCCAGUCGUCUGCAUUUCAAGGCAGAGGUGGUCGACUAAUGGUGCUGGGAACACCAGCUGAAGAAGGAGGAGGUGGAAAGAUUGAACUGAUCCGCGCUGGAGCUUUUGAGGAUGUAGAUGUUGCAAUGAUGGCUCACCCUUCUCAGCAUAAUUUAUCAAACCCUGUCUACUUGGCCAUGAAGGAGGUUGCGAUCAUUUAUACAGGAAAGGCAUCCCAUGCAUCUGGUGCUCCGUGGGAUGGUAUCAAUGCAUUGGAUGCAGCUGUACAAUGCUACACAAAUAUUUCUCACCUACGCCAACAGAUAAAACCUACCUGGCGUGUUCAUGGUGUCAUCAUCAAUGGUGGACUCAAGCCCAACAUUAUUCCAGAUCAAUCUGAGUUGUUGUAUUAUCUCCGAGCCCCCACUGUUCUUGAACUUGAUGUACUUACCAAGAAAGUUACAGAUUGCAUUCAUGGAGCAGCCCAGGCUACAGGAUGUCAGGUGGAGAUCAAGUUAAAUAAAAAGCCAUAUUCAAACCUUCUUUCUAAUAACACACUAGCAUCAUUGUAUAUAGACAAUGGGGAGAAAAUGGGAAUCCAGUUCGAAAAAGAUCCAGAAAAAACACAGAAGGCAGGGGGAUCAACAGAUAUGGGAAAUGUGUCACAUGUGGUACCCAGCAUUCAUCCGAAAUUCUUUAUAGACACCACUGCAAGUCUACAUUCUAAGGACUUUGCCACAGUUGCCUACACUGAGAAGGCUGAAACCCUUUCCCUUAAAGUGGCCAAGGCUCUUGCAAUGACUGCCAUUGAUGUUCUUAUCACACCUGGCCUUGCUGACAAGAUAAAGGAUGAAUUCAAAGUUGCUACAGAGGCUGAAAAAGCAUGUCGUUGACCUAAAUAAUGAAUAAAACUCAGUAUUUAAUAUAUAUUUAUUUAUACUUUAAUCAGCUGAUGUGUUUUAAUGAACUAUUUUUUUAGUUGGAUGUGGUGCUGGUACAUACAAAAGAAUUAUAUAUAAGGCUAUAAAAAGAAUUUAUUUAAUCCAGUACUUAAAUAAAAGGAGAAAUAAAAAAAUGGCAGUUCCACUUAAAACACCAAA